AUGUUCAACCUAACAUUAAUACUCGCCUUACUGCUCGUCUCAAUUAGCCCUGCAUCUGCUAAGUCACUUCAGAAAAGAAUGCUUAUCUACAACUGUGAUGGUGUGCAUUUUGACCGAGCCCAAAUCAUGCAAGCCGAUCCAGUGCACUGUGUGUCUCCCAUAGAUGAUCCCGGGCAUGGGGCCUACCGAAAACAGUCUAAGCAAGUCAAAGAUUAUAGCAAUCUUCGGGCACGAAAAGAGACCAUAAUCUGUCCAUUAUACAGAUCUACAAGAAUUGAUUACGGUGACUACAUCGAUAGAAAAUACUCCGUUACCUUCUCAUGGACACCGGGCACUCAUAAUUGUAAAAUCAUUGACGUCAACUUUAUCGACGAGUACAAUCAGCGUAUAAAGUGUGAUAUCAGGAACGAGGCUGCUUCCUUUCGCAUGCCUGAACCCAGAAUAUCAUCUACUCACUUCCGUGCUGAAACAGACUUUUCGGGCGCACCUCCAGCUCGGGGCUUUGGCCUCAUUGAAGAUUGA